ACAGGAGAGGCAGGUAAUCUCCAGCACCCCUGCACCAUCUCUGCUGCCUUCCUGCCACCUGAGACCACCUGGGAACAGCUGGCUUGUCACUGGGGCAGAGCAGCAAGGUGGCAGGAGGGUGGCUGGGUGUGCUGGUGGUGGGGGAAGGCAGCGGGGAUGGUGCAUAAGGCACUGGCAGCCCACCACGUCUGAGCUUCCCUAAGCACAUUGGCUUCCAGCGCCCCGUGCACCGUUGCACUUUGUUAGGUAGCAAACUAAAACACCUUGAAGGGGCUUUAUCUUGCUAUGUCACAAAGUCAUUUAUAGCGGAAUAUGCCGCCAAACACGCAAAGAGCAUCGCCAUUAAAUCGGAAUAUGCUGCUGAGCGUGCAAACAGCAAUGCUGUUAAAGUAGUGCAAAAGGGAAUUUAAGCCACUUUAAAGGCCAAUUUUGUUGAGUGUACAAAGGUCCAUAGACUUAGGGUUGGGGGUCCUGGGAUUACCAUACCCAGGAAAAGGAGGCAGAAGAGGGUUGAAAAAGGAAGAUUUGAGGAUUUAUAGACCAGUCUGGGAGGUUCAAUACCUGGGAGUUUACUAGAACAAAUAGGAAGUGAGUGUAUAAAAUGCUGGAUGAUGAAAGCGUUACUACUAGGAACCAUGCAUUUAAUUGUCAUAAACAACCCGACUUGAUUUCCUUUGUUGACAAGUAACCAAUUUGGUGGAUAAGGGGAAUGUAAGUGGGCAUUAUAUGCAUGGACUUCAGUAAGGCUUUUGUCAUAGUCCCACAUGCUAGUCUCAUCACUUAAGAUGGAAAUAUGUGGCCUAAACCAAAGUACUGGUAAGUGGAUGCAUAAUUGGCUCAAUAUCUGCAAGCACCAAGUCAUUGUUACUGAAUGAAUAUCAGACCGGCAGAAAGUCUCAAGUGGGGUUCAACAAGACUCUGUUCAAGACUGUUUAACAUUGUUAUUAAAGACUCAGUGCUCCUUAGGUCUGAGCUAGAAUAUGGUGUCCAGUCUAGAAGGUGUCAUUCCAUAGCUAGUUUGUUGUUCCUUCUGAAAGUUCACAUAUAGCACAGCACGCACCUUUUUGCUGUGAAGUAUCUGAAUCAACUCUUUGGGGCAACCAACCUCACACAUUUCUAGUAAUCUGCUCACCCAAGUGAUGAUGGGGAGUGACGAGAGUUAUAAAUCCCCACAUUUUCACGUAGUGCAGAAAAAUUCUGGCAAAGUUUAAAUGAAUGACUGCAACUUUACCUUACAAAAUCCUGUAUGCACAGUGCUUAAGCUCAUCAGUUUUCAUAGUUAUAAUCAACUGACUAGAAGAUACAAAGGAAUAUGGGAAACUGUUACAGCCAUAACUCUGUACAGACCUGCAUGCCUGCCCAGCCAGUGUGCAGCCUCCUAUACAUGCUAAGUGGCCCUGUCAGUGGUUGCAGAUCCACACUACUCAUAGGACACUGUUACAAACUAUGUCUAAGUGCCAAAAGCAGCAAUGAAGUGACUUGGUAAAUUUUAUUUGGGCAAGGUAAGUACAAUAGGAUUCUGACUAUGAGCUCUUUCUAUUUUAACUCUCAAGGUCAAAGGACAAGAACAGGUCACUCUGCCCCAGCACCCUAAACAGACCCAAGAUCAUGCCAAACAGUCCCAGACGCUAGAACCCAAGUCAUUCCUCCCCUCUAUUCCAUGGUGUGGUCCUGGGGAUAGACCAAAGAGAAGAGCUAGCUAGGUGCUCCAGCCAUGGGAGCAGCUUCAGCCAAAGCACGGACCUUCAUCCACUAAUUACUGCUUUCAGUUUUGAGAGGAUUCAUCUGAUCAGCCAUAUGUGAGGGACAGGCAAGAUUGAACCAGUCGCCUCCUCACCUCAUCUUCACCCAUGCAUGGCCUCUGUUAGCAUACAGAAAUGGGUGAUAUGAAAGUAAAUGGUGCAAGACCCUUAGUAGCACCAGGCCCUUGCUAGAGCAGCACCCUGUACAUGCCUGGGCAGGCUUUGCAUAUUGCACAUAGCUAGUAAAUAUGUCAUUUGGCCCACGUGGUACCCCUUUGGUCCAUUCACAUCACAUUCCAGGAACUAAGGGCACUGACUGCAAGGGGGAUUUUAGUUUGAUUGAUAGGUAGUCAGCAACAAUUAAUAUCUGUUACUCUCUGGCAGAAGCUACAACCACUGAGGCACUGAAUAUCUGGACUCUGCCCUUUGGACUCUGUCUCAGUGGUUUAAAGAGGGGAUGGUAGGUCUACGGCAGCCUCCACCCCUCCAUACUCUUGCCUAGGUGUAUGCACUGAAGAUCUUGGUGUGAUCUAUACUGGCCAAAAUGAUAAAGGGACUCACAAGCUGGUAUGUUCAGACUCUGACUCUGUAAAUCAGAUUCUGAUUUAUUGGCAAUGGUACUACUAAACUAUGAAUUGGUUAAACUUGGAACUGACAUUGCUACUUUAUCAGAAACUCAGCUCUCAAAUACAGGUACUAUCCAAGAGAAUAAUUACAUCGUAUUCUGGCAUGGGAAACCAACAGUAAAAAGGAAAGACCAGAGGAUAGGCUUUGCUAUUAGAAACAGCUUACUAUCUUUCUGUGAAAGCCCCAUUGUUCUUGUGAUGCUCAGAGUGCAUACGCAGAAUGGCUUCAUCAUGUUGUUUAGUGGCUGUGCACCUACCCUCCAAGCUAAUGACAAGGACAAGAAUGUUUUCUACGACAGCUUGAAGAAGAGAUUGAGAAAACUCACAGAAACAAGACCAUUAUAAUACUGGUGACUUCAGUGCAAGAGCUGGAUCUAGUUUUAAGAAUUGGCUUGGUACUGUGGGCAAACACAGACUUGGUAGUAUGAAUUAGUAGUCUAAAGUGAGCAUUAGAUCUCUGUACAAGUCAAGAUCUAUGUGUUAUCAACACCUACUUUGCUGGGAAAAUCACAAGAAAGACAUUGUGGAAACAUCCAAGAUCAGAGAACCAAUUAGAUCUAGAACUGACCAGGAGUAACCACCUGAAAGAAAUCAUGCAUAUGAGGUCUUAUUACUGUGCUGACUGUGACACUGACCAUGCCUUAGUUUCCUGCAAAGUCAGAAUCAAUGUUAAAAAAAAGAUCCACCACAGCAAAACCACCAGUUGUCCACAGAUAGACAUCAGUCAAACUAAAGACACGGCAAAAUGCAGACUAUUCAAUGAAGAAGUUGUGAAAGCAAGUUGACAUAACAAUUUAGCCACCAAGGCUUGCAAAAGCUUAAAAACUAACAUGUACAAUGCUGCUGUAACAGUGUUUGGCAAAAACAAUGCAAGAAAAAUGCAGACUGGUUUGAAGAACACUCUGAAACCCUUCUACAGCUGGUUGAGUAUAAAAGGACUGUGCUAACCAACUAUAAGAAAUAUCCCCACACCAUAACCCAAGACAAUCUAAGAAAGGCUUAAACAGAAAUGCAAAAGGAGGCUAGGAGUUGCGCCCAAGAUUUUUGUCUGAAACUCUGUGAUGAUAAUCAGAAAGCAGCUGACCUAGGUGAUAGCCUUGGAAUGUAUGAAGCCAUCAAAUGAGCAGUUGGUCCAGUCAAGUAGAAAACAGCUCCACUAAAAGACUUCAACAGAAAUGGCAUGACUGAUAAACAACUUGAGAGUGGACUGGACACUAUGGAAUUCUAUACUCCAAUGAGACUGAAAACAAACAUACAGAGCUCGAAGGAUUACCGCAGUUCAAAGUUAUGAUGGAUUUGGACAAUGAGCCUACAUUAGAAGAUUCUCAGGAAGCCAUUAAAUCAAUUCCUGGGAGCAAGGUAUCUGACAAUGAUUCGCCUGCUGAAAUCUACAAAUGUGCCAACUACAAAGUACUCUGAAAGCUUCAGGCAGUUAUACUGCUCUGUUGGAAAAAGGAAGUGGUGCUGCAAGAUUUCAAAGAUGCUCAGUUUGUAAAAGUAUACAUAAGCAAAGAGGAUAGACGCAACUGAGGCAAAUAUAGAGGUAUCUCCCUGUUGAACGUUGUUGCAAAAAUUGUCAUUCGCAUCAUGCUCCCUAGGUUGCAGUCUCUAGGUGAAAGCAUCUUUCCUGAAAGUCAAUGCGGUUUCCACUCAAGACGCUUCACCAUUGAUAUGGUAUUUUCAGUCAAGUAACUACAAGAGAAGUGCAGAGAAAAAACAAAUACAACUGGACAUAGUCUUCAUUGAUCUGAUGAAGGUUAUUGAUACAAUCAACAGAUGGGACCCUUUCACCCACCAAACUACAGAACAUCACUUGCUCAUUACAUCAAGGUAUGAAGGCAACUGUAGUGGUGUAUGAAAACAAGGAUCAAAUGCCUUUGACAUCAAGAGUGGGUUGAAACUGGGUUAUGUCUUAGGCCCUGUGCUUUUUAACAUUGACUUUUCAUUCCUGCUUCUUCAUGCAUUCAAGGACAGCAAUGAUGGCAUUUAUCUUUGAAUGAGACUAGUUGGAGACUUGUUCAACAUUGUAGGUUUAGAGUGAAAACCAAAGUGAAAGAACUCAUUCUGAGAGAUUUCCUGUUUGCGGAUGAUGUGGCCUUGGUUGCUUGCCCACAGUGAAUCUUCCCUGCAAAAUCCCCUGGGCAGAUUUUCUGAGUCAUGCAAGAGGUUUGGGAUGGCAAUUAGUCUCAAGAAAACUGUGACCAUGUACUAAGGGGUUGAAGAACCAAUACCUACGAUAACACCGGAGGAUAAAUCUCUUGGUGUUGUUGACAGUUUUUGCUACUUGGGUUCUAUGAAUGAGCAGGAAUCUUGACCUUCAGACUGAACUGACUAACAGAAUUGGAAAAGCGGCUAAGAAUUUUGAGCUAUUACAGAAACACGAAUGGAUUAACAGCAAACUAUGAGCUAAGGGAAGAUGCGAAUCUACAAGAGUUGUGUGCUGUCAUUCCUGCAGUAUGGUUCAGAAGCAGAUUAUAUAUGCUAGGCACAUCAAGAAACUGAACAGUUUCCAUGAUACAUGUCUACAUAAGAUCUUGAAUAUAAAGUGGAAUGACAGAAUACCAAACACAGAGCGUGCAGAACUGACACACUUAGAAACCACUGUUAAGAAGAAGAGGUUGCGUGGACUGGCCAGUUCAGAAGAAUGGGAUGAGACUGCAUCCCCAAAUAUAUUUUGUAUAGCAAAAUUUGAGAUGGCUUUAGAAAGCAGGCUUGCCCUCUGUGGUGGUACCAUGACGUGUGCAAAAAUGAUAUGAAGUCAUUUAACAUCAACAUAGAAAGCUGGAAGGAGUGUGCAGAAUCCUGAAUCUGGAGGGAACAUCUGGCACUUGGUUCAGCAUGAAGUUGCUUCGAUCCAGAGGGUGGAAGUAAAACGAGAAAGAAGAAAGCAGUACGCUGUAAACCUGGAGUCCAACUCAGACAACGUAUGGAUCUGUCACUCUCAAUUUGACUUGUCAGCCAGAAGCAGAUUCAUCAGGCACCUGACUAGACCUCUUAUGUGUACACCAUGAUUCAAAGGAUUGACAGUUGCCUACAUGAUAAGACAAAUGAUGACAACUGCCAAAUUGUUUCCAACCAGCUUUAGUGAAGAGCUUGAGGAAGCAUCUGUAAGAAGUUCAGUGAAUGCUUUCUUCAAUAAAGGGAUGAGAAAGCCCCUGCUACAGUUUCCCUGGUCCAUCAAGGAGCUCUGCUGCAUAACCAGAUCUAAACAGCUUUCUGAGCUUUCUGUCAUAGCCAAAAUACAACCAAAUUAAAACAUACGGGGGAAAACACGGUUUAGCUCCAGGAGAGAGACUAUGUGAACAUGGCAUCUAUUACACAAGGGACUUGCUCCCUGUACAUAGUCAGUCAGGUUAAUUAUUUCUUCCAUUCAUGCUGCAAAGCAAACACAGUUUAGAGGUGAAGUUCAAGUCUACUCUUUCCUCUCCAUGAUCAGGAUUGCUUACACGCUUCUAGAAGCUAGGAUUUUGGGGGGAUCUCCCUUACUGAAGUAAUUACAUAGUUGGGAGGGCUGUUGGACAAGCUUUCAGGUAUCAAGUGCCCUUCCUCAGGCCUGGAACAAUGAACAGUAUCAGCAAUGCUUUUAAAGUGCAUAACCUGCCUUAAAACACCACUGGGUCAGGGGUGUCAAACUCAAAUCAUUUGGUGGGCCAUAUACCCUGCCAGCAGCCAGGGGCUUAAGAGAGCCUGUUCCCCCAUCACUGAUGCCACUGAUUUUGUUGACGGGUGACCAAAGUGGCUGUGUUAACCCUGUGGGUGCCAGCAGGGAACAGAGCCCACCUGCUGAUUUGGGUUCCUAAGAACUCUGCACCUGGGCACUGGCUCUCUUCACACCGUGGUCCCGGACACAGCUGCCUGUCCUGCUGGCAACAUGCUCCAGCCCAGCCCUGUGGGCCAUGUGUUUAACAAAUCUGAGGAAGGGCACUCAAUGUCCAAAACCAUGUUCAACCAUUCCCCCAGCUAUUCAGUAGGUCCAGUAAAAGAUACAACAAAAAACACCUUUCAUGAAAUCCACGAAAUCACAAAUGAAAUAGGUCCCUACAUAUGGUCACCGUACCCAUGCAGUACCAUAAGACUCCUGCGGUGGGAGACCUACCCAAAGUGCUGUGAUGCUGCAACCCCAACCUGAAACUGCUUGGUGAAAAGGUGCUUGCUCCCUUCAGCUGCUCCCUCAUUUAGCACUCACUGUCCCUGUUGCUUUGUCUGUGGAGAAAGAGGACACUGAUCUUAAGGGACAGGAGGCCUUGGACUUGUUUCCAGGUUUCACAUUGGCUGGUUACAUCGUUUUCAUGGCCACCUCACUAAUCAAAGGGCUACUGUGAGCCUAAUUCACUGCUGUUCCCCUGUGACACUUGUAGCACAAUCCAAUACAGCAUUCCUUUUUUCAUUAGAAACCAAACCCCUUGUUUUCAGCAUGAGCUAAACUAUGUUCUCUAAAACCAAAACAAAGCACGAGCUUCCUGUGUGUUCUGGCUGAGGUACAGGUGACCACACUGACUCCUUUUGCCUACUGACUUCCCUGUGAUACUCUCACUGUGCCCUGCAAGGGGUUCUGUCCACUUCUCUGCGCUCCAGUCUGCAAAAGGCUCUGCCAAUGGGAGAUGGGGAGGAAGAAGGUUACACAGCCCUUCGCUUCCCAGGGAGGAAGAAGAGUUCGGAAGCAGGUAAGAGCAGUGGGCUAUACACCAGGCAGUGUGAUCUAGUGGGUAGAGCAGGAGCUGGGCAUCAGGAUUCCUUCGGUCUUUGCACAGCUGCACUAUGGACUUGCUGCAUAACCUCCAGUUCAGCAUCCUAUUCAAACUGAUCAUGCUUCUACUUCCUUCCCUGUGAGAUGUUGUUUUACAUGGUUAAUGGGGAGAAAACGUGACAUGUGGAGACUUCUUGAGUCUCUUCUAUGAGGAGAGCUGAAAGACACAGCAGCUCAUUUAUUUUUACUCUUAGUUCAUUUUCCUGAGGCUUCGUGAUGCCCCAGCCACAGUCAGGUUAGAGCACUUGGAGUAGAAAGAGUCUAAUUCCCCUUUCACUUACACUUCCAUGGAGGUACUUCUGAUUUAUCCUGUUGUAACUGAUAGGAGGACAAAGUCAUCCUUCAGAGUAAGUGGAGCCCACUUUGCAUGUGUGCUCACAGUGGUGGAACUGGGGCAGAGGGGGAGGCUGCAGUAGUGUGGAGCGUGUGUCCCCCCCUGCUUGCCCCCCAACUUUGAUUCCUGUUCCUCCCAAUCUAAGCCAAAUUGCCUGGGAGAAGCAGCAGCCUUUCUAUUUAGGCCACACUGGGGGGAAAGGGGGCAACUGACUUCAUGUCUCAUUAUAAUCCGCUUGAUUCCUUUUAAAUUCUUCAUUCCAGAGGUGUCAAUGACCUGCUUUACUUUUUAAUGGUCUUCAUGUUCCACUAAUCAAGGUAGCCUUUCUUCUGCAAUUCAGCUGCCUGUUAGCUGUCCUGUCAAUGUAGCUCCUAUUUCACAGCCUUGCACACUUUUUCUUAACUCAAGCUAAAACUGUUAGAAACGUUAACUCCAGUGAACAGACUGUGGGCAAAGGUGGACCUUCACUGGGUUUGCCUCAAUAUUAACACAGGGCAGCUCCAGCGCUGUUCUAUGCUGUGUAGAACAGAUGCCCCUUCCAUUUUAGGAUAACGAAGAGUGCAUAAUCAGCCUGCUCCUUAGUGCAACCAUUCUUAUUUCCAGACAAUAGCUUCUCCCCUGUGUUUUCAGCCUCUCCGGUUUGUCAUCCUUUGACCAUGUCCCUGGGUGGAGUGGUGAUUGUUCUUCUGGCAACUGUGAUGGGCCUUGCUAUUCUGAUCUCCCAAGGCUCUCGGCCUGUCUGUCUCGGCAGUGCCCAGAACAUCUCCAGUGAGCUCCAUGGAAGUGCCAUGAAGACCCUGGGCAAACUAAGGCAAUAUUUUUGCAGAGAGCCAGAAAGUGAGGAAUCAGAACAGACCCGGUGCGAGUACUGCCCACUCCGCUGGGUACUGCACCAGGGAAAAUGCUACUACUUCUCUGAGGAGAAGAGAGAUUGGCAUGGCAGCACCAGGUACUGCAGCUCAUGGAUGGCCAGCCUGGCUGUGGUCAAUAGUGAGGAGGAGAAGACCUUUAUUAUGAACAGGAUGAAGAUGGAGAAAGGCUAUUUUUGGCUGGGACUCAGUAAGGUGGCGGACAAGUGGCUGUGGGUGGCUGGUGCUGGUUUGCCGCCAGAGAAGUUUCAGGUUGCAGGUGGCAGUGACAAUCACAACUGUGUUGUCUGUGGUGCAGAUGAGGUUAUGCCUGAGAGCUGUUUCAACCCCAACAAGUGGAUCUGUGAGAAAGCCACCAAGAAGUUCCCAUCUGUGAAGAUGGAUCUGCUGGACUGACAACCCUCCCCCCCC